AUGCGCGACGCCUACAAAGCUCUCUCGGACAAGGGGUUCGCCGAGCCGGACGUCGAUGACGUGGCGCUUCCCGGCGACUCCUACGUGGACUUCGCGUUCAAGGACAAGGUUCCCGCGGGGCUCUUUCUCGGCAACGUCGCCGUCGUCGUCUAUUUGGCCGUCGUCUGGGGUGCACCGAACAUUGGAACGUUCGACUUUACGCAGCACAAGUCGGGGGACGAGAAGCGCUCGCAGGGCAUGAGCUUGCUAGUCGUGGCGGGGCUCAUGGGUGCUGUCGGUGCCGUGCUGUCCGCCCUAUGGUUGCAGGCACUACAUCUGUACGCUGUUCGCAUUAUCUCCGUGACUCUUCAAGCAACGGUCGCCGCGCUUCUCGUGGGUGCCGUCGCCGGAUUUAUGGAAGCCGGACUUGCCGGUCAAGCGAUUGGCCUUGGAAACCUCUUUUUGGCGGUCGCCCUCGGCUUGUACUACAUCUCAGUGCGCCAUCGUAUCCCAUUUGCUGCGGCAAAUCUCGCUGUCGCAAGCAAGAUCAUGCAGCGUUUCCCGCAGAUUGCGCUGACAGCGUAUGCCGCAAUAGCCGCUCAAGUCGUGUGGACGUCGUUGUGGACUGUUGCACUUGUCGGCGUUUGGGUCAUUGCGUACAAGGAUGGCGGGGCGAUGGAGUCACUUCCAUCGUCGACAACGACCCACUUUUGUGUUUUCCUCAUGCUAUUGAGUCUCUUUUGGGGACUUCAAGUCUUGCGCAACGUUGUGCACUGCACAGCUGCCGGUACCGUUGGGGAAUGGUGGUUCUCGCCGCACCCAGAAGGCGCGGCUCGUCGUGCUCUGCGGCGCUGCGUCACGACAUCGUUUGGGUCGAUUUGCUUUGGGUCACUCAUCGUAGCAGCCCUCGCUGCAUUGCGCUUCGUGCUUCUUACAGCCAAACGACGCAAGUCGCGCGGGUCGGUGAACGCGUGUCUUGACUGCCUUGUCGGCGCGCUCGAGUCCAACCUCAAGAUUUUCAACAAGUAUGCCUAUGUGCAAGUGGCGCUAUACGGCAAAAGCCUCUAUGAUGCGGGUCUCGACACGAUGCUUUUGUUUCGCGAAAAAGGUUGGACGGCUGUCGUUAACGAAAGCCUCGUUUCCAGUGUACUCUCAACGGGCUGUGUUGUCGUGGGCCUAGCGACCGGUCUUGUCGGCGUCGGCUUGGUUCAUGCGACAACGGCAUGCUCGGACGCCGAGGCUCACGCUCACGAGGGCCAGUGUGACACGUUCAGCGUCCUCCUCACGACAUUUGCGAUUUGCAAUGCGGUUGGCUAUGCGAUGUGCGCUGUCGUCUCUUCGAUCCUUGACAGCAUUGUGGCCACGGUCUUUGUGUGCUUCGCGGAGGACCCCGUCGCACUGCACAUCACCAACUCGGACGAGUACAUGGGUAUCGUCGAUGCGUGGCGCCAAUUCCACCCGGAGCUCCUUACGCACUCGACGUUCUCCGCUUCAGUUUCGUACGCCUAA